CUUAUUAGACAAGUAUAUAGCUACAGUGUGAACUAGAGUAGAAAAUAAAAUUGAGGAAGAAACUUUCUUGUUCGGUUUUAUUUACUGAAACACGGAUUUAUCCCAUCAAAUUACUAUAUCCUAAGAUUCCUGAUUUCUUAACAUUGAGAAAAAGGCACAACUAACUAAUGGACUCUGUUUAUCUGGUCACUAAUACAACAGCAAGAAUGGAUUAGUACCAGCUAGAGUUAGGCCUAGACCUACAUCUAAUGUUGAAGAUUUUUGUGAUGAGAUUGAGAAUUGCGGAAAAUGCAAUACCACUGUUAAUGUAAGAGAUGUGGCACUGAAUUGUGAAACAUGUGAUCAAUGAUUACAUUGUAAAUGUAUUAUUAUUUAAGGUUAGUAAGGAGUAAUUUAAAGCUGUUGCCCUUAUUCAAAGUUAAAGAUGAGGUAAGAUGAUUUUUGUGAAACUUGUGGUGAUAAAGUUCUAAUCAGGUGUUAGAAAAAUUAAAGAUCUAGAAGUAAGAUUGGAUGAUAUUGAGGAUAAAAUUGAAGAAACUCUUGAGAAUAUAGCAGACGAGUAUUUAAAUGAACACUUUGAGAGAGAGAAGAGGAAAGUCAAUAUUAUGAUAUUUGGUAUUAAAGAAGCCUCAGAUGUAAGAAAUGAUCAGACUAGACUGGGUUAUUACUUAAAUCAAAUAUGUGGCUUACAUGAAGGUAUAUCUCCAGACUUUUAGAUAAAAGCUGUUCCAAUUGAGAAAAUAUUCAGAAUAGAUAAGAAAAAAAAAAGGGCAAUUUCAAUUUUAGGCCCAGAUCCAUCUGCUUAAAACAUUUGGAACCAAAGAUGAAACACCCAAUUCUUAAUGCUGCCAAACUUAUCAAAAGUGAAUUUAAGAAGAAGGUGUUUAUUGUUCCUGAUCUUCCUAUGAAACAACAUGAAAUGUCAAAGAAAUGAACUGAGAGACAGAAAAUGCAAAGCAUAUGCAAAUUCAGUAUGAAAACUGUUGCCGGUCACCUGAUGAAGAGAAUGAGAUUGUCACAGGCUGUAAAAUCAUUACAGCUCUUUCCAGGGAGAUGUGUUUCGACGUUUAACAAGCAUUUCAAGAUGCUGAAAGGUGAAGUGGACACAAAGAAUCAACAGUAUAUAAAGGGUCUUGAACACUCAAUGACUUUGAAACAACAGAUUCAGUCUAUACUCAGUAAAGUGAAGAGUGGUGGGGGUGAGAAAGCCAUUCAUCGACACACAAUUGUGAAUAAAAAAAUUUUUGUUAGAGAGCGACUAAAAAUGCUGUUUGAUGAAGACUGCGAAUUUCUGGAGAUUGGUGCUUUAGCUGGUCUCAGAAUGAAUUAUGGUGAUGUGCCUGCAGCUGGUCUGGUACUUGGUAUUGGAAAAAUACAUGGAAAAUGGGGUAUUGUUGCUGCAAAUGAUGGCACGGUAAAGGGAGGAGCUAUGUUUCCUGUUACUGUUGCAAAAAUGCUUCGAGCUCAACGACUAGCCCUUCAAAAUUUCCUUCCUACUGUAUACCUUGUAGACAGUGGUGGUGGAUUUCUUACUCAUCAGGCCGAGUUGUUUCCAGAUCAGGAUCAUGGAGGUCGUGUAUUCAGAAAUGAAGCUGUUUUAGCAUCCAGAGGCAUUCCUCAGAUCUCUGUUGUAUGUGGUCCUUGCACUGCUGGAGGAGCAUAUUGUCCAACUAUGACACAAGAGGCAAUCAUUGUGAAAGGAAUCGGAACAUUAUACCUUGGAGGACCUCCUCUUGUGAAGGCUGCAAUUCAGGAGGAAGUUACUGAAGAGGAACUUGGGGGUGCUGACCUCCAUUGUAGGUUGAGUGGUUGUCUUGACUAUUAUGCGGAGAAUGAAGAAGAAGCCCUAAGUGUGUGUCGAGACAUUUUUCUCACACUGAAUAUGGAAAACAUUCAAACCGACAAGUCAUAUUCCCAACCAGUUUUUUCAGUUGAAGAGUUGCCAGGUCUUGCAGGACAGAAAUCUAUUGCCAAAGAUGAUUUGUACAAGAUACUAGCUAGAUUGUUAGAUGGCAGCGUGUUUCAGGAAUUCAAAGAACAAUAUGGCUCAAAUUUAAUUACUGGAUUUGGCAACAUUCACGGGUUUUUGGUUGGUAUUCUUGCUAACUGUGGUCCAGUUAGUUCAGCAGAUGCAUUGAAAGGCUCACAUUUCAUACAGCUGUGCAAUCACCGAGAAAUUCCACUCGUUUUUCUUCAGAAUUUUGCUAGUCAAGAUUUUCCUGAAAGUGGCUUAGAAAAAGGAUUGGUACUUAAAGACAGAGCAAAUAUGAUAGCUGCCCAUGCAUGUGCUACCGUUCCAAAAAUUACAAUCAAUAUGGGAGGCUCAGUGGGAGAUCAUGACUUUAUAAUGUGUGGAUGGUCAUUUGAGCCUAAUUUCCUUUUCUCUUGGCCUUCUGCUCAAACCCAUUCAAACUACCACAGGGAAACUGGAAAUUCUAUGGAUGACGGAAAGAAAGCAACAGAUCCAUUUCUUCAAUCAACAAGUGCAUUUUCCAGAAGCGCAAACAUGUUACAAGAUGGGAUAAUUUUUCCUGAGGAUACAAGACAGGUUCUUGGCACUUGUUUAGAGAUAGCGUGCGUUGGUUACAGAAGGUCCCGUAUGAAAAAAGUGCAGACAACAAGUGCUGUUCUAAGGAUGUAGAAAUUAUUAGAUUACCAUGAAAUCAUGUUGUAUACAAUUAUAUUUUUUAUAUAAGUUUUUUUUUUUUACUAAUUCAGUGAAGGUUUUUAUUGUUAAGUAAAAUUUUAUCAGUAAAACCUUUAAAGUAUAUCUAGAUUUUGGUCGUUGCAAUGCAAUUUCUGAACGUGUCAUUGAGAUUAAUUUGUUUUUUAAUUCAUAAAUAUAAUGAAAAAAUAACUUGUUUGAUUUAAAGAGUUUAUUAAUUUUUGUGUAUUGGGAUUUUAUUGGAAUGAUUUCUAUCGAAGUUUUAAAUGUAUAGGAUCGGUUGAACUGUUUUACUUUCCAGAACAAUUUAAGAAUGAAACAAAUUGUAUCAGUAUUGAGUAUGUUUAAAAAUGAUAGUAUCCUGAAUGUUUGAAGUCGUAUAAAUAUCAAAACCGUAAGUUUAGUUAUAAAUGAAUGCUUUUUGAAGAGUUCCUGUGUUUUUCUCCAUAUCACAUCUAACAUUUAUAUAUUUCUUUUAUAGUAUGUUAAUAAAAUAUUAUUUCAUCCAGAGCUUCAAAAGUAAGCUUGAGGGCUUAUAACACUAAAAUUUGUGGUUUAAUCUCUGUAGCGGUUACAGUACAGAUUGUACUUACACAAGCAAACAAUAAAACUCUUCUACAUUAAACAAUCUUUAAAUUGAUCUAACGUUUAGAGUGUAAACAAAAGCAGUUAAGCUUGUUAAACUGUAAAAACUGAAUAGAAUAACAAUCCACAGCUUUAAAAUAUUUACAUAUAAAUUGUUAAUGUCUAAAAAUAAAUGUUUAAAAUCAUUAUAAGAGAAAUAUUUUGGGGGGGAGGACCAAUGAAGGCUUUAUGGUUGAAAUGUUGAUAACCUAUUUCUCUUUCAUUUACUAUGAUUGUAAACAUUUCUUUGUAUUUGCAGUGAUAACUAAAGAACAAAUUGUUGUCAUGUUGAGUUGUUAGUUUGCUGCAUUAGAUAUUAUUUUAUACAAAUAUAGAUAUUUGAGAUUUUCCCAACAUAAUGGGUUCUAACAUGUUUGUCUCAAACUAGGCAACUACUGCUUUAAACUUAGAAACAUACGUUUUAAUAUUUUAAUUUAAGUCUCACCAACAAAUAGUGAGAUU